AGUUCUAUGAGACAGUAAGGGCGAUCGAGCGACAUAUGUGUGCUAUUUAUGAUUUCACAAUGUUUUCUGUUUUAGCAGAAAUCCUAACCCUCUAGGGCAUAUUAAGAAAAUCUGAAAUCAAAUGAUGAACCACUUAUUCAUUGGUUGUUUCUAGAUACCGAGAGUUGCAAUGGAUGUUAAUAAAAGUGUACUAUAAUUAUAGGUUUUUGAGAAUUACUCUGAUAAUUUAUGUAAAUUUGUUGCACUUCUUUGUUGCUUUGGAAGUUACUAUUCUGGUAAAUGUGUCUGUUAUGUAUGUUACCUUAUUCAAAAAAAAAAAAAAGUGUCUGUUAUGUCUAUUUUUUCUCAUUGUUUACCUUUGGAUUGGGUUACACUGAAAGAUUAAACUGUUAAUGUUAAUAUUCUUGUUUUGGUACAUGUCAAAGCUUAGUUCAUAUGAUGAUACCAAGCAACCAAUAAAAGACAAGUGAGGUGAAUAGGAGUUGAGCUUUGUCUAGAUAGCAAGUUUCAUUAUUCCAUCCAUUGAAUAAUAAUGAACAUUAUGAUUAGCUAAUCACACUGGACUUUUUGAGUAGAGUUGUCCUUUCAGAAGCACCUUGAGUGAAUUUAUGAACUUAUAAAACUUUAAAUUUUGAAAUUACAAGGAAACUGCAUUUAACUCUAAUUCUGGGAUUAGAUAGAAAAUUAGUUGUGACAUUCAAGUGGGUUAUAUGAGGUUGAAAACCUUGAUGAUUGGACUUCUCCUUCAAUAAGUAAUAAGUAAGAUUCUACAUAAUAAUUCUAAUGUCUUGCUGAAAGUACUGGGGCUCCUUUUAAGUUUAAAUGCGAUCUUUUUCAAUAGUUAGCCUUUGUUGUUUGUGUAUUUGUACUUCUACUCUUCAAAGAGUCAAACAUUACUCGUAUACUAAAAUAUAUAAAUGGGACUUGAAGGACGAACACGUGAUAAAAUUGGUAAUAUGUGCUGCAUUGGGAGAACCAAUCUACUUUUCAUAUCCUCAUCUUUUUCUACAUGUUAGGUGUUAAACAUGAAGUAUAAUAUUGAAUAGUUAAUUCCCAACAACCUAUCCCAAAUUCCUGAUCAUUCUGAAAAUACAUGAAAAAGGCACACUGAUUCAUUUCAGACUGAAAAGGCCUAAUUGAAUGGUAAAAAAAGAGAGGAAAAAAGGGAUUGAUGCAGUAGAUGCUUAAAAGUCUUUGAAACUGCAAUGUCAAAUUUCCAAGACCUUGAAAUCACAGUCCAAUAUAUUACACUAUACAACUAUUUAAAAUUCCAUAUGAUAUUAAAGGCAUAUGUCAAUUUCCAGAAGAUGCACAGCGAGAAGGGCUCUCGUAAAGAUAAUUGAGUUGUUCAUUUUUUCUCUUAAGUUGACUGAAGCAAGCAAGACAUGUCUAGAUUUGCAUGUCAUUCCCUUCCUAAAAAAGGAGUGAAACUAAACUACCUGAACAGUUAGCCAUCAGCUAUGACCAAUGCCUGCAUUUCUAGAUUCAGCAGCAUUCAGAAAGCAGCUGUGCCACUUCCUGGCAGAAGCUAUCAUGGCGUUGUUUUCUUAAGGAACUUCUCAACUUUGACAGCACCAUGUGUUCCUCUCAGUUAUCCUCCACCAUCACUAGUAUCAGUAGCCUGCUUAACCCAAUCAAAUGCUCCAGCACAACGUUCAGAUGAGUGGUUUGCCCUUCGCAAGGAUAAAUUGACUACAAGCACCUUCAGCACUGCUUUAGGAUUCUGGAAAGGGAAUCGACGAAACGAGCUCUGGCAUGAGAAGGUAUUUGCUCCAGAUGGCCAAUUACUACCAUCUCCUAGCAGCAGGUGUGCUAUGGAUUGGGGUGUUCUCAUGGAAGCAGCAGCCAUAGAGCGGUAUAAAAGCAUCACUGGCCGUGAUGUGAGCUCACUUGGGUUCGCAGUCCAUUCGGAUGAGCGAUUGAGUUGGGUUGGUGCCUCCCCGGACGGUCUUCUUGGAAGCUUGCCAGGUGGCGGGAUCCUAGAAGUGAAAUGCCCAUACAACAAAGGAAAGCCAGAAAAAGGGCUGCCUUGGUCAACGAUGCCAUUCUACUACAUGCCUCAGGUGCAGGGGCAAAUGGAAAUCAUGGACAGAGAUUGGGUUGAUGUGUAUUGUUGGACGCCAAUCGGGAGCACGAUAUUCCGUGUCUACCGAGAGCGGAGUUACUGGGAGUUAAUGCAUGGAAUUUUGUGGGAAUUUUGGUGGGAAAAUGUUGUUCCUGCUAGAGAAGCUCUUUUAAUUGGAAAUGAGGAGGGUGCCAAAGCCUAUAAACCAACAUCAACACACAAAAAAACUGGACUUGUGAUUUCAAGAAGCUUGAAGUUGGUAGGUGAGGCAAAGAUGUUGUGCAGGGAUAUUGCUGGUCAUGUUGAAUUUUUCCGCUAGUAUGACCAACACUUUUUUCAACACGCAAGCCGAUAGUUUUUUGUGAGGGAGCGCUUUAUCCCCCAAUGUGGGAUUUUUCGGUGCGAAUCCGGAUCAAGUCGAGCUCCAAUGCUGGUACUGGACACCGGGUGGGAAAUCGAGAAAUAACAUGUGAAGCUGAUGGUUUUUCAAAGUAGUUGUAUGUCAGCUAUCUAGAGCUUGUCGUCUUGAACUCUUGAUAGCUAGUCUAUAUUAUCGAAGUUGGGAUGAUUACAACAAUAUACUCCACAUUGUGCUGGAGUUCCACUUGUCAAAGUUUUAAAGUCCAGCACUUUUAUAUGCUGGAGUUGUUCUGUGUUUUAGCUAGGGAUAUUUUUGUCCAGAUGUUAUUUCGCGAAGAUGCCUCAAGAAACCAUGUAACAUUAUUCAAGUAUUUCUAAGAGAUUUUCUACAUUUUGUCAAGGCAUCAGAAAGUGGAUACAUUUUUAUUAUAUUUGAAACGAUAGUUAACCUUGA